AUGGAAAAGGAGAAGCCGUCCUCUCACAAGGCAUUUUGCGAUUGCAACCUCGAUGCUCUUUAUACUGACCUGAUGAGUACCUUCGGUCGCGUCCGCUCAAGCCACGAGUCAACGAAUGCACCAGAGCCAUCAACUCAGCAUCCUGACUCUAGUUCGGAAGAUGCGAAGAGAAAUGCUUGGAAAGAGGACAUUGAAGCUCUGUACAAAGAAGCUGAAAGCGCACAUCAUAUUGGAGACUUCGAGGCAGCUGCUCAUCUUUAUGAUGCCAUUCUUUCGCGCGAUCCAUAUCAUACAAGAUCGUUGGCGGGCUUUGCGAUGCUGAUGCGUAUGCGAGGUCAUCUGGAAGAAGCCGAAGCGCUUUACUUGCAAGCUAUAAAGAUCGAUUCCGCAUUUCCUGAUGCUCUCUGUGGAUAUGGUCUUCUGCUUCGAACUAUUGACAGGCAUGAGGAAGCAGAAGACAUGUACAAGCGAGCUCUGGAACUUGAUCCUUGCCAUGUCAACACACUUUGCUCAUAUGGAGCGUUCAUGCAUACUCUUAAGAACAACCCUGAUGAAGCUGAAGCCAUGUACUUGAAGGCUUUGAAGAUCGAUCCGCACCAUGUGGAUAGCAUUUGCAACUAUGCCGCCCUCAAGCAUGUUGUGAGGAGAGAUAUGGAAACUGCAGAAGUCCUGUACAGAAUGGGCUUAGAAGAGAACCCAGAUCAUGUUGGAAUUUUGUACAACUAUAGUUCUUUGCUUGAAGAGAUGGGCAACGAUGAUGGAAGGGCGGAAGAAAUGUACGAAAGAGCGAUGGAGCUGAUUCAGCUUCUAUCUCCGGGAAUAGUGGAGAGCGAAUCUGAUUACUGCACAGAGUCCUCGGUCAAUGACGAAGAAUGGGAUGGAGAGUGCGAUGACUAUGGAACGGACGAGUACGACGAUGAGGCGCAAGAGGAUGGUGUCAGUCAGAAUGAGAUGGCAGAGGAAAAAACAACACCUCAGCUUGAGAGCCAUAAACAAAGCAAUCCUUCCGGCCAUGUUGUUGAUCACUCACGUGAGUACGCAGUCGCGUGA